AUGAGUGAAAAAAAACAAAAAAGAAAAUAGAAUGAUAAAGAGGAUGGAGAAUGGAAGUGCUUAGAGUGUUGCAAAUCCUAUCUUUCCUAUCCAGCAUUCUAUACUCAUUGUAAAACUAAGCAUGAUUCUAAAUGGCCAAAAUAAUACAGUACACCAAGACCAUUGGAAGAAAUUAAGCGUGAUAAAACCAAACCUAGAGUAAAUUUUAAUUGAAAAAUAAUAGACUAAUAUGGAUGAGUAAAAAUAACAUGAAAAGGAAGAUUAAAUCUUUGAAUUUUUGGGUAAAUUAGGAUAAAGUAAUGAAGAGGAAGAUUCUUCAAAUAAUUGUAUUAGACAUUAUUUAAAAUAACCUAUUGACCCAAUUAAAUCAUUAAAUGAUGAUCUAUUUUAAGGAACAAAUUAUUUAAAUAUUCAUUAACAAGUGUUGAAGGAAUUAGAAGAAUUAAAUAAAAAAGUAAUAGAUUAGGAAGCAAUAUGGGAUUUCAAAGAUCCUCUUACAUUAACAAAUGAAUUAGAAGAAUUCACAUUUUCUAAUCUUAAGGGUAUAUUUCAUUAACUUGAUGGUUAAUUAAAUGUCAUUAAUGUAAUAGCUAUUUUUAUGGGUUGGUUAAGUAGACAUUUAAAAAAGAAUGCUUAUUAGGAUAUAUCAAUAAUUAGUAUUAUUACAGCAUAUUUCUUUUAAAAUUACCAAUCUUUGAAAUCUCAAGAGGUUAAUACAGAAGGAAAGUUAGAUUUGAUGUCAUUAGAUUAAAAUGAAGUUUAACAUGAUGAUUAACGUAAAAAACAAUAAGAAUAUUGUAAAAUUGAUAAAUAAAAUGAUACUGAUCUAAAGAAGGAAGUCUUAUCUUAAAUGAAUAGUUAUUUGGUAUUAAACUCAUUAUUAUAAUGAUAGAAAAAAGAAUACCAUAAAUUUUAGAAUUAAGUAUCUUAUAUAAGAACACCUGACAUUGCCUAAGCAUUCUUUUGUUUAUUAAUAGAUUGGAUUGAAGCAUAUACUGAUCUUGAAGAUUAUAUAGAAAAAGGAAAAGAAGUUCAAUAGGAAAAAUAAUAAUUAUAAAAGAAAGAUGAAAAAGGAGAAUGA